AUGCAUUUGUGUAUUGGUAAGUAAGAAUAAGAUAAGUUCGUCACUUGAAAAAAAUGCGCCUUAGUCUUUUAUUAUUCAGUUGCAUUUUAUUAUUGCCUGUCAUAACUGCUGUAGAUAUAUGCACCAGUACUGACUUUGGACAAAAAGUACAGGAUCCUGUAAAUGCACAGGGGUAUUAUGUUUGCUUAGGAAAACUUGGAAAAUUUGUUGAAUAUUGUGAGGAUGGAUACAUUUUCAAUAUAAAUCAACAACGCUGCGUAAUAACUACUAAUCAAAAAAGUCAAUUAGACUUACAUUCUUGCUCAUGCUCAGCGAAUUUAUACCCAGUUAUAGGAAGCAUAACUUGGUUGCCUAUUGCAUUUUUGCCAUUUUAUACACAAACACCUUGUAAUUGUAAUAAAAAGAAAAUUAACAUAAGAAAACAUUGCUUGGAAUCGACGACAGUAUGCGCAAUAACACAACCAACAACUUUAAAUACAUUACAUACACAUCUUACUGAAUGUUCUACAACAUACUCCAUUUCUACAACGCCAGGUACAACAGUUCCCACUUCUACUGAAGCAACUACAGUGUCUACUACAACAACUAAAGUAAAUACAACACCAACAACAUCAACUGAAACUACUAAAACAACAACAACAUCAACAGUUAGUACUAGUUCCUCUUCUUGUACGAGUACUUCUUCCAAUGUUGGUAGUACUACCACUUGCAGUACUACCACCGAUUCCAUUAUAAUCCCAACCACUUCUAAAUCAAGCACAACUUCAGCUACAACAACUCAGGCCACAACAACGCCAAGAACUACGACUAACAGUAGUUCUUCUUCAUUCACUAGUACAGUUUCUACUAUUACCAGCACCAGCACUGUUGUUCCCUGCUCUGAAACCAGUGUUUCUACAACAAUAUCAACAACUGAAUCAACGACUCUCUCUACUACAACAAGUGGUACAAUCACAACACCCACCACAAUCAAAACUACUACUAUAUCUACAACUACGAGUAGUUGCACACCAUUGACCAGUAAUUCUUUUACUACAGCCAGUACCAGCAGUGCAAGACCAUGCUCUAAAACUACAACUGAAGUAGUAACCACCAGUACUGCUGCCUCUUCCACUACAACAAGUAAAACAAUUACAACAUCCACCACAACCAAAACUACCACUAUAUCUACAACUACGAGUAGUUGCACAUCAUUGACCAGUACAACUUCUACUACAGCCAGUACCAGCAGUGCUAGACCGUGCUCUAAAACUACAACUGAAGUAAUAACCACCAGUACUGCUGCCUCUUCCACCACAAUAAGUGCUUCUACAACAUUAUCAACUACAACUUCUAUUACAACUAAACUUACAACAACAACUAAAACCACUACAACAUCAACAACUACUAGUAGUUCUACUUCACUGACCACUAGUACCCCUACAAUUGAAACAACAACAAUAUCCGUAACAUCCAGCAGUACUACGCCUUGCAGUACAACCACAGUUUCUGUAACAUUUCCAACGACUACAAAAUUAAGCACAACAACAAAUAAAACUCCAUGUUCUUCUUUAACAACAACUAGCACUAGUACCAUAAAGCCAUGCACUAAAACUACUACUACAAAAAGUACUACUACCUGUAGUGCUGUGACCAGUACUCAGACUACAACGCUUCAAAGUACUACUGAAUCAAUUACAACUGGUACAACUACAAUACUCACAACAACUGGGCUUAUAACAACUAAAUCUACAACAACCACCAGCCAUUCUACGUCUUGUUCUAGUACAACAACAACUCCAACCACACAAACAACUACCACUGAAAAAACCUCAACUUGCUUAGUUACACAAACUGUAACUUGUAAGCCUACUUCUUGCCCAGUAAAGUGUACCGAUAACCCUCUUAACUCUUAUAAAGAAACUACUCCUGACUGUUCUAUGUACCGAAAUGGUGCUCUUAUCCGAGAUACAUACGAUUUUAAUAAAUACUAUGUAUGUGUAAGUGGACUUGCUGUACCCGAAUAUUGCGCGCCUGGUUUCCAUUUUGAUACACAGUUACUAGUUUGCAACUAUGCAAACUUGGUUGAUAUGAAAAAUUAUGGAACAUCAAAUGAUUAUCCAAGUCCCCAAUGUGAAAAUACAGUGAAAUGUUUAAACUUACCGAAUGGCUCAUACAUAAGAGAUCCGGAACUUUGUGCAAAAUAUUACGUUUGUUUUAAUGGCCAACCCCUAACUCACUAUUGUGAAUCAGGGCAUUGGUUUGAUAAUGAGCAGUUUAUAUGUAAAAAUAAACAAUUCGUUAAGAAUUGUAACAAUUAAAAAGAAAUAUUUAAACUAAUAAUAUAUAAUAUAGAGUAUAAGGAUUAAUAAUUGUUUUCUUUUUACUAUAUCUAUAACUAAAAUAGAUUUAUGCAAAAUUCU